AUGCCAGGAGAAAUAAUAACAAUUCAGGCUGGCCAGUGUGGUAAUCAGGUUGGUCUAGAAUACUGGAGACAAUUGGCCCUAGAUCAUGGCAUUGCACCAGACGGAACACCACAACCUUAUAUCAGUGAUGAGCUUGCGUUUGAAAGCGACAGUCCAGAAUUCUCAAAGAAGCCACAAAGUCAGAGACCUGACGUGAUGGACUCGUUCUUCACCCUAAGCGAGCAGAACAAGUUUACCCCAAGAUCCAUACUAAUAGACCUCGAACCAUCGGUGGUGAACAAAGCCACCUCGAAGCUUCCCAUGUUUAAUCCUCGAAAUAUUCACCUUAGUGAGACUGGAAGUGGUGCAGCCAACAACUGGCAACACGGCUAUGUUUACGGCAGAAAUCACGAAGAAGAGAUGAUGAACUUGAUAGACAGAGAGUUGGACAAGUGCGAUAACCCAUCGGCCUUCCAGCUCAUGCAUAGUGUUGCAGGUGGUACUGGCUCUGGAGUUGGAAGCUUGUUACUUGAACUAUUAAAUGAUAGAUAUGGCAGCAAGAAAAUUGUUAGCACUUUCUCUGUCUUUCCGUCUAACGACAAAACAUCUGAUGUUGUGGUCCAGCCUUACAAUACAAUGCUCACUCUCAGAAGAUUAAUUGACUUCGGUGAUGCGACUUUUGUGUUCGAUAAUGAUUCAUUGAAUGCCUUGGGCAAUACUUUUAUCGGAUCAGGGUUAGAACGAAACUUGAGCCCCUCAACUGCUUUCGAGAGUGCUAACAAGCUAAUAGCAUAUGUCGCAGCUGGUAUCACCAAUCCGCUCAGGUUUCCUAGCUACAUGUACAGCUCCUACGAGUCGAUCAUCUCGACCGUCGUUCCAACACCUGAACUUAAGUUCCUCCUGACAUCCAUCGCUCCAUACUCCAACAUACCCAAUGUUGUUCCUAGUCAAAAUUACGUGAGCCUCAAUGAAUAUGACAUUAUACUCGAGCUUUUGAACGAUAAGUAUAAGCUCAAUUCCUACAAAGAGCCCCUCAAGUACAUCAGUGUGCUUGACUACGUGAUCGGAAAGAAUCUUAAUCAAAAGGAGAUUAGAAGAGGCAUCCUUAAGGCUCAACAGCGACUUUCCUUUGUACCAUGGACUCCUAGCUCGAUUAGCGUCGUCAAUGGCAAGCAAUCGGCAUUUACAAGUCAGCAGGAGAAGCGCUUAAGCGGGUUCCAGGUGUCUAACAAUACUUCGAUCGUGCAUCUACUCAGUAAAACAGUCAAGCAGUAUGAUUUAUUGGCUAAGCGUGCAGCUUAUAUCAAUUUCUACACUACAUCCAAUGAUGCCUCGGAGAGGCAAGAAGUAUUGGAUGCGUUUGAAGAGUGCAAAGAGACAGUGCGUCAAACUAUCGAUGAAUACAAAGCAUGCUCUUCAGAUUCUUAUCUUGGGGAUGAAAUCAUCGACGAAGAAAUGACUUAG